UGUGGAAUUAGUUUUGAAUUAAGCGGCAAUCGGGGUGGUUUGAACGUCGGCAGUUGUGGCAUUAUAACGUGAAACAAACUAAAUUAUUUUAACAUCUGCGGGGGUUUCGCUCGAAUAAGUGCCCGUGAAAUAAAUUAAUUUAUUGGUCCUGAGUGUUUUUAAAUUUAUUACGUGCAAAGCUGGCUGAAAGAUACAUAAUGCGUGAAUUAACUUAUAAUAACUCAAGGAAGUCAAUGCUUCCUAGAGACUACACAAAAUCCUCUAAUUUUCUCGAAAGGAAUUAUGCUAUCCUGAACGCUCUUCUGGGAUCCCUCGGUGCAUUUUGUGCAGGCUUGUGCAUCGGAUGGAGCUCAAAUGCGAUUAAUAUCCUGGCAUCCAACACGUUACCACUCACGUUCGAGAACAUGACGCCGAGACAAGUUGCCUGGGUUGUGGCAGUAUUCGCUUUAGGCGCCACAGUGUCGCCCAUCCUGGUGUAUAGAACUUGGCGCUUCAUCGGGAGUAAAUUUUUCAUAGUCAGUGGAUUCGGAUUCUUGGUGGCAUCGUGGGUCCUGCUGGCAAUAUAUCAGAAUGUUAUCACCAUGAUAUGCGCCAGGCUAUUGGCAGGAUUUGCAGUUGGCAGUAUAUGCUUCAUUCUCCCGGUCUACAUUGAGGAUCUUGCUUCCCCAGAGCAGAGAAGUAUUAUUGACUACAUAUGGCAAAGUUUCGUUGCAGCCGGAAUUUUGACUGAAUUUGUCAUGGUGUACUUGGGCAACAUGCAGCUGAUAAACAUCCUUUCGGGAAUCGUCCCAGCGAUAAUGCUUGUAGUUUUCGUCUUCAUGCCUGAAUCGCCCCGCUAUAUGUGUACGAAGGGACAAACAAACCUGGCGAAGGAUACGUUACGAAAGUUUCGAGAAAUUGGAGAUGAAACAGAAUUAGAUGUACAUAUCUGGUGCAGCAAGAAAUUAGAAGACCGGUCGUAUCGAAACAUUUUCAAGAGCACAUCAACAUUAAGGCGACUACUACCGACAUUUCUUCUUGUUGCCUUGGAUCAAUUAGUCGGAGUAUGGGUAGGAUUCCUGUACAUGAGCUGGAUGUUCCGCAUAACAGGCGGCGAAUACUCUCACGAGAUAACAUCUAUCGCCGUAUCGGCAAUUUUCCUUGUAAGCAUUUGGUCUAUGAAAUUCCUAGGCAUCUCACUAAGUGAUAAGAAAACUCUGGUCGUUACGGGCGUUAUGAUGGCAAUUUCCCUCAUCAUAUUGGGAUUUUACCUACACGAACGAGGCUCGUACGGGCAUUUAGAGGAUUACGGUUACAUUCCAUUGGUAUGUUAUGGAGUUUUCAUCUUUCUGUAUGCAAUUGGCCUAUGUCGGAUUUCGUGGAAAUACAUGAGAAUAUUAACGCCAAAACGACGCUAUUUCGCCGUGAGGUCCUUGUGCACAUCGCUCAGUUGGAUGUUUGUUGUGAUUUUUGCCACCUCUUAUCCGAAGCUUAUCGAGAGUGUCGGCGUUGGCUGGAUGUUCUGGUUCAUGGCGCUCGCAUGUUUUCUGCUCACUAUCCUCACGGUGGUCUUUGUCCCGGAUUUGGAAAGCUUGUCGACAAAGUAUAUCCUCGAUGAUGACGAUCACUUACAACACGAUUGCGAGGAGCAAACAUAAGACCUUGAUUAUCUUUUAUGGGGUCAUUUCAUGACUCCAUAGGCUGUAAAUGCUAAACUUUAUAUCAACUGUGGAAAAAGUUAAAAGACUGAGUAUUUAAGUUUGUCUGUUAUAUUUGUUUAAGUCUUUUUUAUCCAUAAAAAUUAUGUCUAGGCUUUCACUUAGGCUAGAACAUUCAAAUUUACAUAUAUACGUACAUUUAUAUACAUAGACAUAUAAUACAGAAAUGUUUGCUUUUACCCUUGAGGACAUAAUACACAUUUCAAGUGAAAUUUAUUAAAUUCGAUUUAUCUAAUAGACAUAUGUCCCUCCAGUUUGUGGUUUGCUUAAUGUGGCUUUGUAUGCAUCAUAUUGUUGUGUUUUAGGAUUAAUGUGGCUAUUCCAGAUUUUUUUUUGUAAUUUUACUAUUUGUAAGCAUGCUUUAGAUUUAACAGGAAAUUUACAAAUAAAUAUUUUAUUGUAUGCA